AUGAACACACGGCUGCCUAUUCGUUUCGCAUCUGUAUUUGAAACAGAUGAUACAGUGACCUUUGUUGAAGGUAACUAUCGCAUAAUUAAAUUUGAAAAGAACAGUAAUAACUGGACAAUUCUACCCUCUGUUGAGAAUGAUGAAUAUGGCAGUUUUGUGUGCCGCUGCUAUGGAAUUCUCGGAAUGAUAUCGUUUUUAGAGGGACCAUACCUAAUUUUGGUUACUGAUAUAAAACAGUGCGGAAAACUCUUUCUGGAGCACGAGGUUCACAUAGUAGAAUCAAAAAGGCUGAUUCCACUGUAUCAUCCUUGCACAUUUAAACAAAGCGAAAGACGUUAUAUCGAUUUAUUUAAUCAGUUUGAUAUCUCUAAUGGCUUCUUUUUUAGCUAUAGUUAUGAUCUGACAAAUUCUGUCCAAAUAAAUAGAUAUAUUUCCCAAGGUGAUAUAAAACAAAAUUUAUCGGAAUUUGAUUCUGCUCUUUUAGACCAAAAAUUUUGUUUUAACUAUAAACAUAUUGAAAAUUUAUUAUCGCACUACAGAGAUUCCGAACCGCUAUGCCUUAAAAUUAUCCAUGGUUAUUACGGUGAAUCAGUAUUAAAUUUAUCUGGAAGAAGCCUAACUUUGACAUUGAUAUCGAGAAGGUCUCGUUACUAUGCGGGCACACGAUAUAGGAAGAGAGGAAUUGUGGCUGAUGGACACGUUGCAAACGAUGUCGAAACUGAACAAAUAAUACAUGAUUGGUUUAUGACAGGAUCUAUUAUGUCAUUUGUUCAAAUAAGAGGUUCAACCCCUACAUUCUGGUCCCAAGAUACUAGCCAAUCUAUUUUAAUAAAGCCCCCUGUAGUAUUUAAUCAAAAUGAUCCUACUUAUACAUCCAUGCGAGAGCAUGUCAAGGAACUCUAUUCUUUGUAUGGGUCUCCUCUGAUUUUCCUAAAUUUAUUAUCGGAUGCUCAAAAUACCGACGAAGGGGAGUUGUCUAAAAGAUUUGGUGAUGCAAUAUAUGCUAUAAACAAUGAGCUUCCAGGGUGUAUUCAAUUGAAAUAUUUUUCCAAAGAUAUAAGAUUGGCGCUAGAACAUGGUAUUGCAAAGAAAGUCUUGAAGGAAGUAAUUGACACUGUUCUAGAAAACACUGGGUUUUUUCAUGUACGUGGGCAAAAUGUUAUCUCUGUGCAGUUUGGAACUUUACGAUCCAGUUGUUUGGAUUGUUUGGAUAGGACUAGUGCUCUAGCACAGCACUUGGGCUUAUUCAUCUUUAGAGACCAGCUUUCCAGAAUUGGUAUCACAACUUCAAAUAUAGAUGCAAUACACUAUGGAGAUACGCAUAUACCAAAUCCUAAUUUUCAAGCUGAAAGAUUUAAUGAAAUAAAGGAUCCUAUUUUAGAACUCGUUAAGGAUAAUUAUGAAAAGAUGGGUGAUGUGCUGUCAAUGCAAUACGCAGGCUCUAAAGCAUUGCGCAAAUAUGAAGGUCAUGGAAGUGCCGCAAACCUUUCUUCACAGCUUUUUACCAAUCUUAAGAGGAGGUAUCACAACUAUUUUGAUGACACGGAGAGACAAACUAAGCUCAAUAUAUUCCUUGGUAUUCAUAGGGCUGGUAUCCAUCCUCAUCCGUGGGUAUACGAUAGCGAUUUGUUUAUACAUUUCGAGAAACUCCACUGCAAUUUUGAGUGUGUAGAUUGGUGGGUCAUACCUUUAUCAUGUUUCUUGAAACGCAUACGUUUGAUUUCUGGAGACGCAAGGAGACCCUGGGUAGAAUUAUUCGAUGAUGAUUGUGAAUAUAAGCCUUGGAUGGGCAUAAUAAAUGCCAUAGACCUAUCAGUGUUUGACAGGUGUAUGGAUGAAGGACCACUAUCGGAAACUCCACAAAAAAAGGUAAAUUUUAUAGAGAAUACCCCUAGACCAAACGAGAGCUACAUUAGUAUUUGUGAUGAGGUGCGACAAUGCGGUAAGAUGGUGCAAGUAAUACGAAAGGGCCUUGAUGAACAUACGUCUCAAAUUCAGGAAAGUAUGUCUGAUAUAACAGAUUUUGAUUCAGAAGAUGAGGGAAUUUGCAUCAUAGAACCGAAUUAUGAUGAUUUUUCACAAUUUAUGAAUCCAGAAAACUUACGUAAAGGUGAUGUAUGUUUGGAAAUUGAAUCCAUAGAGGUCAACAGAAAUAUAUAUGAAUCUUUCAUUCUUUAA